AUGGUGAAAAUCGUGAACCAACACUGUGAUCUAGGCCUGGCCCUACUCCUGGCCUGGACAUUGCUAACAAGGCUGGUGGUGGUUGUGGGCGGUAAUGCCCAGCUGGUCAUCUCCUCAUCACGCUCGGCCGCCGAGUGGGAGGAGCAGCAGCUGUCCCAGCAGGAUGUGGGUCUCAGCUACCCGAGCAUCCACCGAAUGCUGCGGGAUGAGAACGAGCCGGCCAGCUUUCGAGGGGAGCUGCGCUACCAGCAGAAGCGCCACAAAAGGGAUUUGGAACUCAAUGCCCCAGCCAACAGGUUAAAUCUCACCCAUCGGGAUCUGAGAGCCUUCAACAGCAGUGGUGGCCAGUGGAAGGGCGACCUCCAAGCGAUCACAGCCAUAGAUCUCAGUGGCAAUCAACUGAGCAGCGUUAGCCUGGACAAGUUUAAGCAGCUGCGGCAACUGGAUGUGAGCAAUAAUUCUCUGACGAAUAUACCCCUCACUCUGGCUGACACCAGUGACACCCUACCUCUGAUGACACUUGAUCUCUCCUGCAAUCAAUUCCAACAUCUUUCCACAAACUUCUUCGUUCAGCGGCUGCCACAACUUAAGAAUCUCAACUUGGCACACAAUCAAUUGCUGAAUAUUUCACGGGAAUCGUUUUACAAUUUACUGGAAUUGCAAACGCUUAUACUCAGUCACAACAACAUCUCGGAUAUCGACUAUGAGACAUUCCUGGCCCUGCCAAAUCUCCAACACCUGGAUUUGUCACACAAUCACCUAAGUGGCUCCGCCAUUCGAGCUCUGCAGGGAAUACCCGAUCUGGUUAGCCUUUCGAUCGCCUACAAUCCGGAAGUAGGAGUGGCCAUGCAGGAGUUUGUCGCCUCCUGGAGCCUCAAGGAGCUAGAUGCCAGCGGCACUGGAUUGUGCCAAGUGCCAGCAGCUCUGGCUCAAUCUGUGAGGACUUUGAAGCUUUCCGACAACUGGUUUAAGGCCAUCAACUGCGGUGACAUGGACAGCUAUCCCCUAUUGCAAUAUCUGGAUCUCUCGCACUCCCGCAUCGCCCAAGUGGAGGACGAUGCCCUGGGUCGAUUGGAGCUGCUUACAUCCCUCUUUCUGGAUCACAAUCUGCUGAUGCGUGUGCCCAGCAGCCUGCCAACAUCGCUGGAACAUCUGUUCCUUCAGAACAACCAAAUCAUGGAACUGCCGCCACAAGCUUUUGCUAGUUUGGUGAAUCUACAGACCCUGGAUCUCUCCGGCAACCGCUUGAUCUUCCUGCCUGCCCUAUCCAUGCCCAAGCUGCUCACCCUCAACCUUCAAUCAUCGGGAGUGGAGAGUGUUAGUCAAUCAAUAGUGCACACUCUUCCCCAGCUAAGGGAUUUGCUCUUGGAAGACAAUCCCAUCAAAUGCAGCGAUCUGCUGGCCAUAGCCGAAUGGGCCAGUCCCUGCAGGGCAGUAGAGGGUCAGUCAAGGAGUGACACUGGACAGAGGAACCUAAAGGCGGAGUAUCUUCAGUUCCAUGACUUUUAUGAGAACUUUAGCGCAUGCAAGUGCGGUGAAAGGAAGCCGGAAAAUGAAACAAGGCCGCCGAGUUGCAGCGUUUCCAGAGCAACAGAAACAGCAGCAGCAGUUGCAACGACUCAGCGAACUAUGCCAAAAGUGAAAAAGUCAAAGGCAACAGACCCAGCAGCAACAUCAGCAACAGCAACACCUGCAACACAAGCAACAUCAGCAGAAAUAGCAGCAACAUCGCCAGCCCCAACAGCAAUGCAAUCAGCUGGCAACAACGUUUCCCCGUUAACCACAAAAACUUUGCGGCCAGCAGAAACAACUUCGUUAGAGCAACGGCAGCAAGAACAAAUCCCUGGCAUGCCAGCUCAGAACACAACAACUAGACCAGCCGAGAGCCUGCCAACUUUGGUCCAGACGGAGGCAACAACACCAGCUCCCAUUUUGGCAAUGCCAGCAGCAACAGCCACCGCGGCAACGGCAACGGCAACAACAAGAAUAAAUUCCAGCCAACCAGCGAACAUUAGUGGUGCCACAAAAACAACAGCAGCAGCAGUAGCAGUUGCAACAGCAACCACGGCAAUUGAAGUGCCACAAACAAUUUUGGCCAGCAAAAAAUCUGACAAAAUGCCAGCCGAUAAGGCACAAGGGACUUUAUUAAAAUACCCAACAAGCGACACAUCCGGUCAAGUAGCAACAGAAAAGGCAAAAUCAACAGCAACACACAAGCAUGCAACAUUGCAGCUGCACGUUAAGGAUCGCCAUCUAAUUGGCACACCGCUGCUGAUGCACAAGGGCGAUGUCCUGCUGGUGGAUGCCGAGCAUUUACUGCUCCCGGGCACGGCCACUGUGGCGGAUGCUGACGCGGAUUCGGUUGCGGAUAUGGAUUCCAGCAACUUGGACACGAGCCAGCAGCAACAUCAGCAGACGGAGCCGGAAAAGCGCCAGUCAGCGGCUGAUAAGCGACUGGCGGAAGCAAUAAACGGCGACACAAAGACGCCGGCCAAAAGCCACAAAAAGAAGCCAUCGCUGAGUAUCAAGAAGAUGACCUACAGUACCAAACAUGCUGUAAAACCAGCAGCGGUGAUGGCAGCACCUUCUACAGUAGAGCUUAGUACUUCAGCGACAUCGGUAAAACCACAGCACCAACAUAGCAGUGUAAACACUCCCCGAGAAGCCUCCUUGGAGGAGCUCAGUACCUUUGCCCAGCUAAAAGCCUAUGUGGAGCUUAAGAGCGAGUCAAAGCCGGAGCACCUGAUGGAUCAGCGGGAGGAGAACCAUCACAAUCUGACGGGUAAUCAUCCUGGCGUAAUGUUGCUGGUGGCCUGCAUCCUGUUCAUCGUUCUGAUGGCAGGCCUGGCGCAUGUCUACCGCUGCGAGUUGCCCUGGCAGCGAGGUAAUCGCUCCGGUCAUCUGCGACCGCACCAUCAGCGACACCUCGGCGACACCGAUGAUGUCCACAGCUUCCUGCAUUACCAGGGAUCCCUCAACUCAACGGGGGAUCCUGCUCGCCUGCACAAGUGGCAUCACAGCACCCGGCGAGAGGCUCCUUACAGCUCGCCGCUGCACAAUCUCCAGGCCCGUGAGUUGCAGCAACAGCAGCGCUGCCAGCAAUUCUACAGCGCCUCGCUGGCGGACAAGUGCUCCUCCGCCGGGUCCACCUCAUCGGGCAGUAGCAGCAGUCGCAGCAGCCUGCACUCGCCCAGCAGAGAUGACAGCUACUACAUAGAAAUGGCUCCCAGCAGUCCACCUGCGGCCAUGCCCAGCCUGCCCAUGGAGUUGCUGGGCGGCAGGAGUACCGGCAACGGUUCAGUCACCAGGACGGACCGGAUGGCAGCCACUGAUCUGGGCGGCACGACAGCGGAGGCUGAGUCCUCGACGGCGGUAGGCAUAAGAUCGGUAAGCAGCAGGCUGAUGGCCCCCAGUUCGAGGAGGUUGGGUCUUUGGUGACAAACCGUCUUUGGCCAGCGACAAUAUGCGCCCUUCCAGUAGAGAAAUAGAGUAAGGCAAAGCCCGUCAACUGUUAUCUGCCUAAUGAGUCAUAAAGCCAACUAAUUAAGGAGUUUAGAAAUUAAAAGGAUUUCUUUCUCAAAUUUAUAAUUUGCUAAGAACAUAGAAAAAACUAGUGAAGAAACUUUCAAACGCCUUUAAAAGUUCAGUUUAAAUAUUUCCCAUAAAUCUUUAAAGCCAUAUAUAAACAGGAUAGACACUUUCAUUCAAAUGCAACUUUUCAAAACUCUCUAGAGAACUGGAAACUGGGUACAUGCCAAGAUCUAUAUAUAUACAUAUAUGUAUCUGAACAGCAGAACAUAUAUUAUUUCAAGUUGGCUCCCAGGCUUGAUUUAUGAUGCCUCACCGCCGCCCACACGUUGCAGACCUCUUAGCGAUUCCGGUUAGCAGCAACAAUUUGUCAUAAAUUUCUGUUACGUAUACGCCGCGUGUACGCCCGGGAAAGGCGACGAGCGUAGACAAGCGGCCAAAUAGCCAACGCCAGCAAACUUUUUACGAGCCAUUCGAGCCGGCCAGCAGAGUGGAGUCAAGUCGAAUCGAGUCGAUGUGUCCAUCUUGUGGUCGUAUUUGGGUCAGUUUACUGGCCGAGUGCCGUGUGCGGGCCGCCAGUUAACUUUAUAUAAGUGCCUGUCCGUUUGCCAAGAUUAAGUGUUUUGAUAGUCAUGCAUAUAAAAAUGAAAUAUCGAUCAAGUAUUAAAUAACAAUUUAGUUUAUGACAGCCCCAAUUCAGUAAUCACAAGUUGUGGCAGCAGAUGCUGAGUAAGGCGGAUAAAUCGCAAGGAAUUGGUUGAGAGAGAAAAAAUCAAUAUGGGAACAAAUGGACAUUGUUUGUGACAGAACAAAUUGGCAUUUCGAAUUUUUAAUAUCGAUUUUGUAGGGCUCUAUUUUAUGGGGAGAAAUUAAAAGGGAACUUGCCACCUUUCAAGCCUUUCCUUUGAGUAUCCUUUAAGCCCUUCUCCCUGACUUCGAUGUUCGAUGCUUGACUACAACUUAACCUACUUUGCCAGCUGCUUCAGAUUCCCGAGUUUAAAUUGCAAUCUAAUUAAAGUUUCGUCCCUGCCCCUCCGGCAAGUUCACCCUUCGGUUAGUCGGCCAAGUGUUGGUCUAUCUGCCCUGGCAUCUAGCUGCCAUUCUCCACUCCACAUUGAUGGGGGAGAUUGAAAGUUGUGCUAAGGGUGGGAAUCAGCCCGCACUUAACCUCAUUUUACAAAUUGACCAGCACAACAUAUGGUGUAAAUCCAGCCAAAUGGCCAGACAUCUAAUCCGCCAUGCCAAAAGUGAAAUGUUGUAAAACUAUUUCGGGGGGAGCCUCGCGUUCACGUAUAUCUAACGGACAUCAAAAUAAUGUGGCAGCAAAUCAAAUUACAGGACACGCGGCUGCCUCUGGGUCUCCAGGGGUGGCAAAAUGGUCCGGGGAACGUCUUACGAACCGAGAACACAACAAUUACAUUAAGACACGAUAAAAACUUGUGCAACAAUCUCGCUUGCUACCCCCAAACCACAGAACUAAACUAAACCGAACUGAACGGAACUGAGCUCGGGCUGGGCUUGGACUUGGACUUGGACUGGGAAACGGUGGCAGUACCGACCCCUCUGAAGGACGGGCCACAGUCAUUGCACAGCUUUUUCAACUUUUUGUGGCUUUGUAAUUGGAAUACAAGGAGAAGGCGCGUGCACACAAGCGGCGACAGCAACAGGAAGCAAGUCGGAGAAAGUGAAACAGAGAAAGCUAGAUUUGGGAUAGAGAGCACUCAGAGAAAUGCUCGAGGAAUCUAAGCCUGAUUAAGGAAUAUUUCUAUAAUUCUAAUAAGACCAUAAUAUCAUUUCUUGAUCAAGUAUUUAAUUGAGAAUAUAAGCCUCGAUUAGUUUUCUAUUUUAUUCUAUAAACAGUU